AUGCUCGUCCUGCCAAGUGACAGUGGAUACAAUUCACCGUGUGAUGGAAUUGCGCCAUCGUCGCUACAGUUUGCAUCAGAAAAGUUAUUAAAGCCUGAUGUCAAUUCGGAAGUACGGCGGAAGCUACGAUUUGGGACCCACACAUUCUGGAACUCAGGUUCUUAUUUCACUCUUCCUAAACCAAACGACCGCUUACGGGAAAUCGCUCGACGACUCGUGCGAAUGUGUGAUUCGUUUGAUAAGGAGUUCGCCGAAGUCGCUGAAGGGGCAAAGACCGAAAGCGUUCCCGAUGAAGCAUCCAUAAUCAAGUUCAUGGAUGACUACAUGAGAACAAUCAUCAUCAAAGAAGGCACAAUCACAGCAGGAUUCCCCUUCAAUGAAAACGUUAGCAAACUCAAAGACAACUUCAACAUUGCCUUUCGCCGGCUACAAGCACUCCUUCGAACGCUCCGAGGUGAUGCAAAAAAGCUUCAAAUUUACAACACGACGAUCGAAGACUACACCAGGGAAGGAAUCAUUGAGGAAUGUACCUCACAACCAACUGGACACAUCGAAGAGAAGGGCACCCCAAUAGGAAAGGAACUAUCCAAAUCUCCGUAUGUCGACAAUGUGCUACUAGAAGGCGACAAUCCGCAAGAACUGAUCCAGAAAUACAAUUCUUUAAAACAAGUGUUCUCUUCCAUCGGCAUGAAUCUUCGCGAUUACUUGUCAGAUUCUGCUGCAGUGAACGCACAAAUCAAGGACGUGGAUAGAGCAAAAAAUCGCGAACUCAAAGUGCUCGGAAUCAAGUGGAAAGCUGACGAUGACACCUUGGUCAUGGAAUGUGCAGACAAAGAACAAGUCAAGAUCACCAAAAGAUCUGUUCUUAGCCAAAUAAACGGAUUCUGCUUCGACCCACUCGGACUGCUCACACCACUGAUGAUACCGGCAAAGAUAUUCCUACAGGACAUACAUAAGCUGAAGUUAGGAUAA